GACUAACCUGGUCUACGCACAACUUGAAAUGGAGUCAGCCAUUACCUGGGCUCGCAGUACCUACGCGCACUGUUCCAAUACAUUUAGCGAGGAGAAGGAGUGCAUCAGAUGUAUGCAUCAAUUAUGCCAGCAAUGAGGCAGGACUGCAGCAUUUCUAAGCACAUCCAUGCGGUCAGGGUGAAACUAGUACGCAGCGUUGGCAAUGGCUAAUGCCACCAGCCUCAACGUCUCUAUACACAUGGCCGAUAUGCAGACGGCCCGUGUAUCAGCAUCAUCAUCAUCGGCAAACCCGCAAAAGCGGCCGAAAUCCCGGCAGCGGGUUAACAAACCGGCUCCCACAUUGAAUGUUCCGGACAUCAAUGAAGAUGCUGCAGAAAGAAAGCGAAUAUUGAAUGUACUGGCUCAACGUCGUUACCGCCAGCGAAGGCGCCAAAAACGAGUUGCCGCGUCCAGACAAGAUGACGAUUCGACCUCUGAUGAGAGUCCCCAGAGCGGCUCAGUACCCGGCAAUACGGUGUCAGGAACUGCAACAGCCAUAUUACAAAGUCCGCAGCAUUCUGCAUCAUGGCCUGAAGGAGCCUUGAGUACUACAAUACCAGAUUUACCGCUUGCUACGAAUGAUAUCUCAACACCUACCACAGCCCAAGCCCCUACACAUUCCGAAGGAGUAACAACGAUUCCCACCUCACUGUUAAUCCAGAAUAUUGACACUGAUCCCUCGCUAAUUUUCGAUUUCUCCGCAAGCGACUCGUCGCAGACACGACCACCAGCGGGACCUCCUCCCACAUUCACUUUCCCUGAUACGUAUCUCCUGCCUGUGCCUGAGCUGAAGCUUCUCCAAGCGUUCAUGCGGCUUUCCAGUAGUCUAAAUUGCAAGUCCUCACUCUGGGAUCUCACGGCUACUUCGUCCUUCAACGAUCCCUCCAUGACCUUCAAUCAGAAAGUGUUGACAUCGAGUUUUGCGCCGACCGUCGCCCAAAGAACGGUUCCUCAUCACCCGAUCAUUGAUGUCCUGCCUUGGCCUUCUGUUCGCGAUCGGCUUAUUGGAGUUUUCAGCCUCCCGGAUGACUGCAGGCCGCCGUGUGCAGUCGGACCACUGGCCCUUGUGCAACUUGCCUAUGACAUGGAAGACAGCGCUGAAGGCAUUCGGAUAUGGGGGCAUAGUCCAUGUAACGGGUCAAUGUGGGAGGUCGGCCAAGUCUUGUUUCAGCGCUGGUGGUUCGUAUUCGACCGGCAAGUCAUUGAGCAGAGCAACAGAUGGAGAUUGCUAAGAGGAGCUCCUGAGUUGCGCCUCGGUAAUCAGCAAACUAUUGAAGAAAUUACAGCAUGAGAAACCUAAGCUUGUUGGUUCCUCAUGGUGUGGGAAAAAUUCGAGGGUUAACUAUUCAGCGGACUAUUCCCGGUUCAGUAGAAGCCUUUCGGAGAAAAGCAAAGAGCAAGAAAGUUUUGCUUCAUAGAUCACAACCUGAUAGGCAUUAUAGACCAAUUCCAAUUCCGGAUAACUCUACCAGAUCAAACAAAUCAACAUACUUCACGUUACGAAAAGGAAAAGAAAAAAGAAAAUGAUACAUGUAUAAUCAUAUUACUGAAUAUGGAUGAACUCAUAGUCCACAAGUA